GAUGGGCCGGGGCGCGACCCUGGCCGGCGUCACCGGAAGCACGUGCAAGCGCAGAAGGUGGGGCGCUUAAGCGUGUUGGAAGGGCUCUGUGAAGAGGCUGAGGAGGCGGAUGGCAAGAGAUUCUGCCUGCGCAGCAUCAGCAAAAGUCGGUCGUUCUUAGAAAGCUUCUUGGAGCGCAAAGAGGUGCGGCGGACCGUGGAGGAUUUGAGCUUCCCCGAACGGAAGAUGCUUCUGCGACACAUGGCGGUGUUGAACAGCCCUGCCAUCUUCGAAGGAGGGCUGCGACAUGAACGUCUGGGGCGCAGCGCCCGCGCGGCCUGUCGAGCGGGCACCGAAGCCAUCACCUCGGUGAUCUGCCUGGCUAUCAGCUGCUUGAGUGUCUUGUUGACCACCAUGGAAGGCAUUAGCCAGGUUUGCAUCGUUUGCCUCUGCGGGAGCGUCGCUUCAGUGCUCUUGACGGUCGGCAUCCAUCCGGUCCUCAUGCUCGUCGGCUUCGGUCCGGCCAAGGUGAAAGGCCGAGCCUGGGCGCUCUACGUUUGGUGGCUCAGCGCUGGAUGUCCAAGGCCUUCCAAAGAGCCGCCUGAAGGUGGGCGCCGGCCACGUCCUGGGUCGGUCCUGGGCGGGCCUGCCUGGUCCGCCAGGUCUUAG